GGGUUGGAUUUUCAAAUAUACAACCCCGCCAGCAGUUUCAGAGUGGCAUGCCUAGAUGGCGACGUUGGGCGAAAGUUUAUUUUCGCCAACCGCACCCUCUGACUGUCAAAUGUGGAAAGAAUUCCCUGCUUCUUUUGUAAAAAUCGUAAUGGUGCCCGUUUAUAGACUGUAAAAAGUGAGCCGAAACGCAGACUAUGUCUCUGGAGACCCGGUCGAAUUCCGCCCUGUUCAAGCGGGCCGAACAGCUUAAACGAUGGGAGGAAUCGGACACAAAUCGCGAACCAGUGUCGCCGAAAAUCAAGUCGCGCCGAGUAAAGUUCUCCUCUGGCUGUGUGUUUCUGGCAGCGUGCGCCGCUGGUGACAAGGAGGAAGUGCUCAAGUUGCUGGAAAAGGGGGCCGACAUCAAUACAGCGAACGUCGACGGCCUGACGGCGCUCCAUCAGGCAUGCAUCGACGACAAUCUGGAUAUGGUGGAGUUCCUGGUCGAGCAAGGGGCCGACGUGAACCGGGGGGACAACGAGGGCUGGACCCCCUUGCACGCCACUGCCAGCUGCGGCUUCAAAUACAUCGCCAAGUACCUGAUUGAAAAGGGGGCCGAUGUGGCCGCAGUGAACAAUGACGGCGAACUUGCCCUCGAUAUCGCCGAGUGCCAAAGAAUGACCGAUUUAUUAAGGGAUGAAAUCCGCAAGAGAGGUAUUGACUGUGACGCCGCACGAAACGACGAAGAAAUCGCCAUGCUUCGCGACGCCAAAGAAUGGCUGGCCACCAAAAGUUCCUUGGUCAACGAGCCCCAUCCCAAAACGGGGGCCUCGGCGCUGCAUGUGGCUGCUGCCAAAGGCUACGUGAAUGUUAUGCAGGUGCUGCUUCAAUGCGGAGCCGACAUCGACGCUCAAGACACUGAUGGCUGGAGCCCCAUCCAUGCAGCCGCCCAUUGGGGCCAGGAGGAGGCGUGCCGAUUGCUUGUUGAACACUUGGCGGACUUGGACGCGAAAAACUACGUUGGACAGACAGCAUUCGACUUGGCGGACAACAGUAUGCUCACGUUGCUAACGAAUCUAAAAGAGAAGCAAGACAAAGAGGAGGUGAACAACAGGAAAGCGAAGAAGCGAGCAGAGACGCAGGAUCGAAGCAUCGAGCCGGACUCACUCACCCAAGUGAAGAAAGUCAAAGUGGAGAUAACCGGGGGCCCGCAGGAAAUCUCAAAGAGCAACGACAUUGAAAUGGAAAACGAAAGUGAAUCGGAAAGUGAGGUGGAAACGUCCGAGAGCGAGUCGGAAGAGUCCAGUUCAGAGGAAGAGGAAAAGAAGAACAAAGCGAAUGCACAGAACAUCAACGACAAGGUGACGAUAAAAGAGCCGGAGGUGAACAAGCCGCCGUUGCCGCCGAAAACUAUCGAGAAUUCCGAAGAGAAAAUGCCAUGGAGGCAACAGAUCACCAAGCCCAAGUCGGACUUGAACAGUCCAGAGAAGAGCAAUGUUGUUUUUGAUGAUUACAAGCCUUCGAAUCUGAACAACGAGAACGAGGUGACGUUGAGACGGACCAAAAGCUUCCAGAAUGACGAAUUGUUCUACACCAAAUACAAGGCCCUGCAUGCGCGCAUUCAAGCAAAUAACGAUACCGCAGUCAUAAUCCCUUCCGCUCGGCCUAAGUCUGACAUCAUCCUAACCAAUAGCACCGAAUCGCAUUACAGGAGCAACGAAGUCAGCACCAGUACUGCCAACACCAACAUAUCAGCUUCGCCCACCACAACCACCAGUCCCCAAGCGCAGAACAACCAGUCGGCGUUCCGAAGCGGCUUGAGGUUGAGUCUCAACCAGCCGGCUUCGGCCACCAAUGGCAGCGCUCCCGCUGCUGCAACCACGCCCACGAGCACAGUGACCACGCCAACCACCCCCGGCGGCACUCGAUUCCAGAUCUUUAAGAAUUUCUUCAAAUCUUUCGUCCCGCCAGUGAGAGAUGAAGAGAGCGAAACGCAGCGAAAAGCGCACGCAAAACGGGUGCGAGAAACGCGCAGAUCAACCCAGGGGGUAACGUUGGAGGAGAUCAAAUCGGCCGAACAGCUGGUCAAGCUGAAGAACCAACCGAACAACAGCGAUACGUCGGGACAGGCCGGCGAUAACUCAAACUCCGGCCUCAAUGUCUCGGUCACCAUUGCCCCGCCCCGACCGGAGCCGGCUCCAAGUAGCGUCUCCGAGACGACCAAUGGCAGUGCCACUGAGUCGCAUAUAGCGCCAGUGGAGUCGCACGAGCGCCGCCCCUCUUGGCGGCUCAAGGUAGACGGCGGCAGCAAGUUCAAGCUGGAGGACGCAACGAAGCCGGAGGCCCCCAACACGCCCUCCUUUAUCAGGCGACUGAACUCGUCUACCAACUCGUCCAGGCCUUCUUCGGCGCCCAUCGAGACUGCCGAGACCACGGUGACGAUACCAUUGCGACGGCCCAAAUCCCUCGAAGAGAAAGAACAAGACAAGGAGAAUGACGUGAGGAAUGCGCAGGCCACGCUUGCAACGCAGGCAGCCAUCCAGAGGAGAAGGCGACCGAAGAGACGAUCCACCGGCGUGGUCUCGUUCGACAAUGUGGAGGACAUGGACCAGGAGAAGGACCCGGCGGCUGGAGGCGACGCGCCAGAGGCCACCAAGCUGUCUCAUGAGAGCGGCUCAGAGCGGAGCAGCCGGUCGCGCGUCAGCAGCACAGUGGACAUCAGAAACGAGAACGGCGAAAUCGACUACAAGAAGCUGUAUGAGGAGCAGCUGGUUGAGAACGAUCGGCUCAAGGACAAGCUCAGAAAGUCGGACGAGGAACUGAAGGAGACCAAGCAGACUCUGGAGCGAAUCAAUGUGGUGACGAGUAAAAAUUCGUUGUCCGAAUUGGAGAAGCGAGAGCGCAGAGCCAUGGAGCGGAAGCUGAGCGAAAUGGAGGAGGAACUAAAGAAUCUGGAAAAUCUCAAAACGGAGAACCAGAGAUUGAAAGAUGAGAAUGGCGCCUUGAUCAGGGUCAUCAGCAAGUUGUCGAAAUAGCAUAGGGCUUAAUUUCCUGUUUUUUAUUCUGCAUUUUUCUAAUUUAUCAGUUUCUUGUUUUGUUAUUCGUAUGUUAUAUUUAUGCGUUGUAGGGGCUAGGGCCAGGGCGUUAAGACAGCCACAGUUUUGGCCCCCGCUCUAUGUCCUCCACCCACCACUGUAUUUAUUUUUUACAUUAAUUAUUUAUCGUUAAACUUUUUGUACAGUUUUUGAGUAUUAGUAGGCGUGCAGCCGAGUCAGGAGUUUUUAUGGCUUUGCCCCUUUCAUUGACCCGACGUUCAAAGCGCCCCAAGUGUCGCUUUAUUUUUGUUGUGAUAGUCGUAACGAUUUUCUUUGUGAUUUUUUCGCGUCACUAACCAUUCUAUGUACGCAAUUUUUCUUUUCUCUUUUAAAUUUGAAUUGUUCUUUCCGAACCCUUGUAGUUUACUUGCGCGCAAAUACCGUUUUAUUUUCCCAACACCGAUCUGGGACUCACGUUUAUUGAUUGUGAAAUCAGCAGACACGCGAAAAAUGCCUUUGAAAAGGUGCUAACAUGUUAUUUGCUAGCCAUUUAUUCGAACUAUUGUUCCUGGUUUUUGUCGAACUAUGUGCCUUGCUUCGUACACUUUAUUAUAAAUAUCUGUAUUUUCAAUGUACAUUACUUAGUUAUUAUACUUAGAGGCUCCUAAAUAAUGUGAAUAGUGAUUUUAUAUAGCUGAUUAUUUAAUUAAAACUUUGAAUCUUG